GGGAGUAUUUUUUUUUUUGCAGCGACUGUUAACAGUUUCAUAAUGUUUUUUUAUUUAAUCCCUUGACCAAUAUUACACCUUCCCCAAAAUUGAUUGAACCGAAAAAUCGUAACCCGAAAUUGAAACUAAAAACAAAUGUUCCCAGCAAAAAAAAACCCUAAAUUCUUCGAUUGGAGAAGAGUCACAAGAAUGCAAUUCAAUAAAGGAUGUUCUAGAGUUCAAAACUAUAUCAACUGUACGUCGUUCAGAUCGAUGCAGUGUGGAUUCAGCAACAAGAAAUGCAGGAAAACGAAGCAGUACAUUCAUGGAGAUAUAUAGACGAUUGGAUUCACUGGAUCGAGAAUUGCAUUCCAUGGAUCAGAGUUUGAAGAAGGUCAUCGAAGGGGAAAUAAACAUAGAGUGGACGAUCGUUUCUCCUCGAUCGAAACUGGAGUUCUUGGUUCAAUCAUUUCCACUAGCUGCAUCGAACCAAUCGAUGGGAGAAUCACGCUUGAAUCAUCGAAAUCAGGUCAAGGGUCGAUUUCCACAAGAAGCGAUUCUGAAGAAAGAAACGAUUCCAAGCGAGAAAUAUGUUGUUCAUGAGAAAAAAUUGAAGCAUGUAAGAAGAAAGACUCCGAUGCAAUCAAUUCAAAAAGCAGAAUCAAGGCAGAGCAAGGAUUCGAUCUUGGUGACAGAACUGAGCCAACAAAAGGAAUUGCUUCAGGACAAGCAAUCUAGCAGGGAGAUGGCUGUAAUUGCAGAGAAUUUUGGUAGCUAGGAGUUCUUUGUUAUCAGUGUUAGGGCAGAGAACACAUGUCUUGAUUGUAUCAGCAAUUGACAAGUGUCAUCGCUAAACACAUUGCACACCAACUGUUUGAUCACAUCUCUCUAGGCAUAACAAGUAAAAAGAAAUGGCGGGACUAUCCUAAGGAUUGGAAAUUCAAGUUCAAACAUCAACUCAUUGCCCGAAUGGACAAUAAGUACAUUAGUUAUUGUUCUAGUGCUAAAGUAUGCUUCAAAUGAUAAGGGAACAACUUUUAAGUAUUGGAGAAGGAUGAGACAGACGCUUAUGUUAAGGUUUCUAUGUAAAUUGAGGUUGAGAUAGGAUCCCAAGGGCCUGAGACAGCUUAUUUUUGGUGAUUUGAAAUCCCCACAUGAGGCACAAGUGGAAAUCUAAGCAACUAGGAGCAGUUUUUGACCUCAAAACAAAUCAUUCAUAUGAAUUGGAUGUUGUUUACAAGCCUGCAAUUGAGAGUAAAGAUACUGAUGUUAUGUUUCAGUUUGUGCAAGACUUCAAAUUUGCAAGGUCUACAUUGUGUGGUUAGAUCUGCUAAUAUAUACAACACCUCAGUUGAAGGAUGACCUUAUAACGAUUUGUGGAAUUCAAAGGGAAAAACAUUGUGUUAAACAUGUGCUUGAACAAACGGUUCUUAUGUGUGGGCACUGUUGGAAGGAAAAGGCUGAGAAGUUGCAGGCAGUAUUAUUCCUUUGAUGUUGGAUUUGAUGAAAUUUCAGUCUACCAAAGGGAUUGGUAUAUCAAGAUUACUUUCUGGGCCUAUAGCUGAAGAUAAUGGAAAUGAUAGUCAAACUGAAAGUACUGAUGCAACAGCAGUAGCAAGGACUUCAUAGGCUUCUGAGUUGGAUCAAAAAUGGGCAGAGACGAUUUUGUGGUUGUUACGAUUGUCUUCAGAUAGGAUGACAAUUAACUUUUGUUUCAUCAAACGUGCCACAACCCUCAACUAGUGUGUACAAGGUAUAGAAGGGAGCAACUCAUAGACGGGGAAGAGGAGCUAGUCGUGGUGGAGGAAGAGGAGUAGGGGGUGGUGAAGGAAGAGGACAAAGACAAUACCUGCUGGUGUUUCAUUAAGCCCAUGUGGCGUCUCCGUCCUCCACCAUCGUUAGUUUCUACGACUUCGGUUUUUCGGGUCGGUUAGUUCGGUUAUCGGUUAACCAAAAAAAUAGAAGGAUGCCGAAAUUUUCCCCUCUUUCUUCUAGGAUUUGAUUUCCUAUCCUUCAGAUUCAACGUAUUCCAGUUUUGUACCUCAUUAUUAUUCUCUUGAUCUUCGUCACUGUUUUCUCUGAAUUAUGGUACUCGUUCUUUUUGUGCAUUAAUUUGAGAUUUCUUAUAUAGAAA